CUGUUUCUGUGAAAACAAGGGUUGUAAGGGAAUGAGAGGGAAGACAAUGAGGAAAAACCGACCGGGAGAAAACCCCAGCCCCAGGCGUUUUCCCGAGAAUUGACGGCGCUUUGGGGCUGAGCGAUCCCGUCGGAGGCGGCGGCGGCGGCUGCGCCCGGCGGAGGGAGCAGCCUGCCCGCUCCGCGGGGCACUUCCCGGGACCGGCUAUUCCCUUCGGAUGCGGACUGGGAAACCUGUAGGAAAUUCUCCCGCCGCGCUGCGAAGCCACCAUGAAUUCAGUGGCUGGAAAUAAGGAGAGGAUUGCCGUCACGGCGCGGAGCAGAAAAUACGGGGUGACCGACCCCUGCUCCCCCACCAAGCCCGCGGCCCCCUUCUCCCCCGAGAGCUGGUACCGGAAGGCGUACGAGGAGUCCCGGGCGGGGAGUCGCCCGGCGCCGGAGGGAGCCGGCUCUGCCCUGGGCUCCUCCGGCACCCCGUCCCCCGGCUCCGGCACCUCCUCGCCGGGCUCCUUCACCGGCUCGCCGGGACCCGCCUCGCCCGGCAUCGGCACCAGCUCCCCCGGCUCGCUGGGCGGCUCGCCGGGCUUCGGCACCGGCUCGCCGGGCUCCGGCAGCGGCGGCGGCUCCUCGCCGGGCUCCGACCGCGGCGUCUGGUGCGAGCACUGCAACGCCCGCCUGGCGGAGCUGAAGAGGCAGGCGCUGAAGCUCCUCAUCCCCGGGCCCGUCAGCAGCAAGGACCCAGGUUUCUCUUCGGUGAUUCAUGACAAGCUCCAAGUUCCCAAUACUAUUCGUAAAGCAUGGAAUGAGAAGGACAACAGAUGUGAUGUUUGUGCCACACACCUGAACCAGUUGAAGCAAGAGGCAAUUCAGAUGGUGCUGACCUUAGAGCAAGCUGCCAACUCAGAACAUUACGAUGCCUCGCCAGGCUCUCCCCCACCUCUCUCCAAUAUCCCCACAUUAGUGAGUCCCCGGCACAUGGGCAGCCUGCAGCCCAGGGACUGGGCAUAUAUGCCUGCUCCUUAUGCUACAUCUAAUUAUACAGGCUUUGUUGCCAACAAACACAGUGGAAAACCCAACAGUCUAGGGAUUGUCAACGGAGUGGAGAAGAAAAAUGGCUCUCCUGGACACCAAGCCAAGGUCAGCUUUCAAAUGGCCACCAGCCCCAGCAAUGGUAACGUUCUCAACUCUGUGGCCAUCCAGGCUCAUCAGUACCUUGACGGCACCUGGUCUUUGUCAAGAACGAAUGGCGUCACUCUAUAUCCCUACCAAAUAUCUCAGCUUAUGACAGAGUCUAGUCGAGAGGGCCUGACUGAAGCAGCAUUGAACCACUACAAUGCAGAUAAACCCUCCUUGUACAGCUUCCCCGCUUCCCAGAGCACAUAUGUUGCCAGUGAAGUAUCCACAGGCACCUCCGUGGCAGCAUCAUUUUUUGCCAGAGCUGCUCAGAAAUUGAACCUGUCUUCCAAAAAGAAGAAGCACAGACCUUCUGCAUCAUCUGUUCUUGAAUCUCCUCUCUUCUCUACCAGCUUCACCAGUAUCCUUCAGACCUCCCCACCACCUGCACCACCAUGUUUGUUGAGGGCAGUCAGCAAAGUGAAAGACACCCCUGGUUUGGGCAAGGUCAAAGUCAUGGUGCGCAUCUCUUCCACACUUGCCAGAGACACAUCUGAGUCCAGCUCUUUCUUAAAAGUUGACCCCCGUAAGAAGCAAAUCACGCUCUAUGACCCAUUGACCUGUGGAGGUCAGAAUGCUUUCCAGAAAAGGGGAAACCAGGUUCCACCCAAGAUGUUUGCUUUUGAUGCAGUUUUCCCCCAAGAUGCAUCACAGGCUGAAGUAUGUGCUGGGACUGUGGCUGAGGUGAUCCAGUCGGUGGUCAAUGGGGCAGAUGGCUGCGUGUUCUGCUUUGGCCAUGCCAAGCUUGGGAAGUCAUACACCAUGAUCGGGAAGGAUGAUUCCAUGCAAAACCUCGGCAUAAUCCCUUGUGCCAUCUCCUGGCUCUUCAAGUUGAUUAAUGAACGCAAAGAGAAGACGGGAGCCCGCUUCUCAGUCCGAAUUUCUGCAGUGGAAGUGUGGGGGAAAGAAGAAAAUCUGAGAGACCUGUUGUCAGAAGUGGCUACAGGCAGCCUGCAAGAUGGCCAGUCCCCAGGUGUCUACCUUUGUGAAGACCCCAUUUGUGGCAUGCAGCUUCAGAAUCAAAGCGAGCUCCGCGCCCCUACGGCAGAGAAGGCUGCCUUCUUCCUCGACGCCGCCAUUGCCUCACGCCGCAGCAGCCAGCGGGAUUGCGACGAGGAGGAUCACCGCAACUCCCACAUGCUCUUCACUCUGCACAUCUACCAGUACCGCAUGGAGAAGAGCGGCAAAGGCGGAAUGUCCGGAGGUCGCAGCCGCUUGCACCUUAUUGACCUGGGUAGCUGCGUGAAAGUGCUCAGCAAAAACCGGGAGGGAAGCUCUGGCCUCUGUCUCUCAUUGUCAGCACUGGGCAAUGUCAUCCUGGCCCUUGUCAAUGGAAGCAAACACAUCCCAUACAAAGACAGCAAGCUCACCAUGUUGCUUCGGGAGUCUUUGGGGAAUAUGAACUGCCGCACCACAAUGAUAGCUCACAUUUCAGCCGCUGCGGGGAACUAUGCUGAGACGCUGUCCACCAUCCAGAUUGCAUCAAGGGUCCUCAGGAUGAAGAAAAAGAAAACUAAGUACACAUCAAGUUCUUCUGGAGGAGAGAGCUCUUGUGAGGAGGGCAGGAUGCGGAGGCCAACCCAGCUGAGGCCUUUCCAUUCUAGAAACACUGUUGACCCAGACUUCCCUAUUUUGCAUUUAUCAAGUGAUCCUGAUUAUUCAUCCAGCAGUGAGCAGUCGUGUGACACGGUGAUUUAUGUUGGCCCCAAUGGCACUGCCCUUUCUGAUAAGGAACUGACAGAUAAUGAGGGUCCCCCUGACUUUGUACCCAUAGUUCCUGCUCUGCAAAAGACCAAAAAUGAGGGCAGGUCAGAGGAAGUUAAUGAAUCGGGGCCCAGCACAUCUGAAAGAGACUGCCUGAAGUGCAAUACCUUUGCAGAGCUCCAGGAGAGGCUGGAUUGCAUAGAUGGCAGUGAAGAGACUGACAAAUUUCCCUUUGAAGAGGUGCCUGCUCAAUUUAGCUCAGACCAGAUGUCUAAGUGCUCUGUCUCAAGCCAGCUGGCAGAGCUUAGCCACUUACCAGAGUCAGAUAAGGAAGAUAUGAUGCCAGAAUGUCAGCAUCCUGAUAGAGAAGCCAAGGAAAAUAUAAAUGCAACACCCAGCAAAACUAAGAGAAAUCACUCCCCUGUUCCUUCUGGAGCACUUACUAAUGUUUCAACUCCAUCUUCUCCCAGGAGUGUAACAGGCAGCUCUAGUAAAGAGCUUGGCUCUUGUCAGUUAGCACACAGCACCAGCUUGCAGAGCAGCAGAGAAGGUCUCAACACCUGUGGAUUUGUGGAAGGCAAACCUCGGCCAAUGGGUUCACCCCGGCUUGGCAUUGCAAGCCUCUCGAAGACAUCUGAGUACAAGCCACCAACUUCUCCUUCCCAGAGGUGCAAGGUCUAUACACAGAAAGGAGUCCUGCCCAGCUCCACUCCCCCACCAGCUGCCCUGAGUAAGGAUACUGGGAUGACAUCUAGUGAAUCUUUAUUGCAGCCAGAAAUCCGGACCCCACCUGUAGGCAUGAGCCCUCAGAUCAUGAAGAAGUCGGUGUCCUCCAGCAAUGGGGAUUUUGAAGAGACCGUUCUUGAUGAAGAUCGGCAGCAAAGCAUUUCUCCAGAAUCCAAGAAGGAGAUUCUGAGCACCACCAUGGUGACUGUGCAGCAGCCAUUAGAGCUGAAUGGAGAGGAUGAGCUGGUGUUCACCCUUGUAGAAGAGCUAACCAUUAGUGGGGUCCUUGACAAUGGGCGCCCAACCAGUAUCAUCAGUUUUAACAGUGAUUGCUCUGUGCAGGCUUUGGCCUCUGGGUCUAGGCCAGUCAGUAUUAUCAGCAGCAUAUCUGAAGAUCUUGAAUGUUACUCUAGUGCAGCUCCUGUGUCUGAAGUCAGCAUCACACAGUUCCUUCCACUUCCAAAGUUGGGCCUGGAUGACAAAUCCCAGGAUGAUGGCAGCAGGCGCUCAUCCAUCAGCUCAUGGCUGAGUGAAAUGAGCACAGGGAGUGACGGUGAACAAUCGUGCCACAGCUUCAUAGCCCAGGCAUGCUAUGGGCACGGGGAAGCAAUGGCAGAACCCCCUGUUUCUGAGUUUGCGAGCAUACAAAGUGCCAGCAUGAUUUGUGUAAGUGACAAACAGAAGCCAGUGACUGACAACAUGCUUAUACUGUCGGAAAUGGGGGAGGAAGCUUUCGGCAAAGUGCCACCCAUGAAAGGCUGUAAAAUAUCAGCUCUAGGGAAAACUACUGUCACAAUCAAAAACACUGCAAGCCUCAGCAGCUGUGAAGGCUACAUCCCAAUGAAGACAAACAUUACCGUGUAUCCAUGUAUUGCCGUUAAUCCCUUCAAAGCGCAAGAUACUGAUGGCGCUGUACCGGCAGUAACUGCAGACCCAAAGGUUGCUCAUCCCCAUGACGGGAAAGAAUCCAGUGCUAAGAAGGAUAUAAAAUUUGAAGACCCUUGGCUGAAGAGGGAAGAAGAUGUAAAAAAGGACAGCUCUGGGAGCAGUGAUGGGCCAAGGCCUGACACAGCUGCAAUUUCAGCCAAGCCUGAGCACAGCACAAAGCAGUCCUCAGCAGACAGGUUUAGCAGCAGCAGCAGCAGCGGGGACGCCUCUAUCUCCCCAGGAUCUGACAGUCUAAAGAGGAUUGUGGAUGGGUGUGAGGUGGCAGCGUCUGGCUCUGCAACCCAAAGCCCUGUUCAUUCCAGUGACGGCUUGAAGAAUGGCAGCCUCCCUCGAGGGCUCCCGAAGGCAAGCAAGCCGGAGGAGCCUGGCGGUCACCUCCAUCCUACUGCCACUGACAGCAGCGGAGUCAGCUCUUCUGUCCUCCCCCAGUUUUCUAAGGCGAGCCUUGACAAGAAAAUGGCCUCUCCCAAACACUGUGUCCUCACUCGUCCCAAAGGGACCCCUCCUCUGCCACCGGUGAGAAAGUCAAGCUUGGAUCAGAAGAACAGAGCCAGCCCCCAGCACAGCGCAGCCAGCAGCACCACGAGCAGUCCCUCCAGCCAGCCCGGAUCCUUCCUGGCCAGCUUCCCCGAGGAGCUGAAUGCCAAACAGAAGGGCCCUGGCAUCGACAGCAUCGGCAACAACAGCAGCAGCAAGCUCUUCAGUGCCAAACUGGAGCAGCUUGCCAGCAGGACCAACUCCCUUGGGAGGUCCACAGGAAGCCACUAUGAGUGUUUGUCGCUGGAAAGAGCAGAAAGCCUGUCCUCUGUGAGCUCCAAAAUGAGCCCUGGCAAAGACACCACCAUGCCUAGGGCCGGAAGGAGCUUCAGCCGCAGUGUCAUGUCCUCACCCACCAACUCGGGCCUCUCCCAGUCAGCAGGGGCCUCCCCGAAAGCCAGCCAGUCAAAGAUCUCUGCAGUCAGCAAGCUCCUGCUGGCAAGUCCCAAGGCCCGCAGCCUGUCUGCUUCUGCCACCAAAACACUCAGCUUCUCGACCAAGUCUCUGCCUCAGUCUGUAGGGCAGAGCUCCAGUUUGCCUCCGAGUGGGAAGAACAUGUCCUGGUCAACGCAGUCCCUCAGCAGAAACCGGGGCUCCAGCCUUGCUUCCAAAUUGCCCCUUCGGGCCGUCAACGGGCGGAUUUCGGAGCUGCUCCAAGGGAGCGCCAGUGCCCGAGGCUUACAGCUGCGGGGAAGCUCAGAGGCAGAGGAGCGCGGGGGCCUUCCUGGAGAUGAGAAGCCAACUGUUCACAUGCUGCCUUCACCUUACAGCAAGAUCACCCCUCCUCGGAAACCUCACCGCUGCAGCAGUGGUCACGGGAGCGACAACAGCAGUGUCCUGAGCGGGGAGCUGCCUCCCGCCAUGGGGAAAACAGCCCUCUUCUACCACAGCGGAGGGAGCAGUGGCUACGAGAGCAUGAUGAGGGACAGUGAGGCGACGGGGAGCGCCUCUUCAGCACAAGACUCCAUGAGCGAGAACAGCAGCUCCGUGAGCAGCAGGUGCCGAAGUCUGAAAAAUCCAAAGAAACGAUCAAAUGCAGGUUCGCAGAGACGGAGGCUUAUUCCAGCUUUGUCACUUGAUACUGCUUCCCCAGCAAGGAAGCCUGCCAACAGCCCCGCAGUCCGCUGGGUGGAUGGGCCCCUGCGAAGUGGGCAGAGGGGGCUGGGGGAGCCCUUUGAGAUCAAAGUCUAUGAGAUAGAUGAUGUGGAGAGGCUCCAGCGGCGACGAGGUGGGGACAGCAAGGAGGUGAUAUGUUUCAAUGCCAAGCUGAAAAUCCUGGAGCAUCGCCAGCAGAGAAUUGCUGAGGUCAAGGCCAAGUACGAGUGGUUAAUGAGAGAACUGGAGGUGACCAAACAGUACCUGAUGCUGGAUCCUAAUAAAUGGCUUAGCGAAUUUGAUCUGGAGCAGGUAUUUGAGCUGGAUUCUCUGGAAUACCUGGAGGCCCUGGAAUGUGUGACUGAGCGUUUGGAAAACCGUGUCAACUUCUGCAAGGCCCAUCUCAUGAUGAUCACCUGUUUUGACAUCACCUCUAGACACCGAUAAAGUAUGAACCUCAAGAGAAUUUCAAUGCGCAUCUCUGCCAUCCUCCUUUUCCCUUCUGAACAGCAUCCCAAAGACAACAGAAUGAGGAUGAAGGUUGGAGUCAAGUCUCAACUGUGUGUAUGAGAGAUUUGCUAUACUAUACAGAAGAGUAGUAUUAAAAAAAACAGGAUGAGCAUGAAAAAUGGAGAUAUAAGGUUGUUGAUUCUCUUAGCCUAAAAGAGCACUUUGAGGAACCUUUAAGGACAUGUCUGUAAAUAAGAACUGCUGGCAGAAGACACUUCUUUCCCUGCAUUAGCUGAGGGAGGAGGAAAGGUGGUUGUAGGACUUCCAUUGAGAGGUUCAUUAAAAGAAAACCUAUCCAGAAAAACUGUUUAAGUGCCUUGCAAAUCUUUAUUAUCCAAACAUUUAUGUUCAUACUUUAUUGUGUACAGAUGGUGCUAGUCAAGAAAAGAAAAAGGAAAAAAACAAACACACUUUUGAAAUGUAUUUACAGCUUGUUUUUCUCUUGGUGUUUUCAGACUUGCUGUUUCUAAGUAACUUGUGUUUGUAGAGAUAUUUCCUAAUCAGUACAACAUAUGAAUAAAUGUUAACUGUCUUUUCUUGUUACCAGAGUAAGGCCACUCAAAGAGAAAUUCAGCUUUCCCAGAUGACACAAAAAAUAUUUCUAGCAGUGAGUAAGGUUUGCUUAUAUGUUUUUCUGUACUAUCUUACAUGCCGGAGGACACAGUAAUUUUCUCAGCCUGUAGGUUCUGCAAUGUAUAAGAGAGAAGAGGUGACAUUACUGUGAAGUAAAUAUCAUUUCCAUUUGAUCCAACCCCCAUAACCUGUUUUCUUUUUCAUGUAUUUUUAGCUUCGUACUGGCUAGAGUUAUGGAUGAGGAGGCACUUCUAUCCUAACCCCUUUCUCUGGUGCUAAUAACUUCUGGAAAAUUACUCUUUAGACUGAGGGCUCCCAUGCUUAUCAGUCCAAAAAUGAGUGAUUUAUUCUGUCUUUCUUUCUUGAGACUAUGACUGAUAAAAUUUAGCUUCACCUCUUUUUGACAUAUACCACUGCAAAACAUGUUUUGGCAGCUUUUGGUCCCUGGCCCAGUCUGUCCAUAGUCACAGAUGUACCUGAGGAUAGCAGGCUCUGCUCAGCUCAGUGUGUCUGGAAAUAAACGGAAGUCGUGAGUGAGUGGAUAUAGCACUUCAAGCAUGUUGGCUAUAGCAUUUUCCUUAUCAACUCUCCAGUACUGAAGCCAUGGCAAAAUUCACAUUGACAUCAAAAGGACAAGGGUCUGCGCCUCAAUGCACAUUCAAAUGUUCUACUUGUUUGCCUCUUUAUCUACAAAACAGUGUGUGGGAAGGAACAUCCUUUGUGUUUCUUAAAGAAAUGUGUGAAAUCUGCAUUUUAAUUACAUAUGGGCAUGAACAAUUAUUUUAUUGAAUUACAUUUCUUCUUCUUCUAUAUUGAAAUAAGCCCAUUCAUAAAAAUCCCUCUCACAUACACUUGUGCUACCAUCCUGUUGCUUGUGAGAAAAUAAGAGCAUCAUUUAACCUAUACUCAAUAUGCAUCAAUUUACUGCUGUACUUAAAUGCAUCUCUUCUUUUACCUGCACCACCAUAUUAAUGCCAUCUUACAAUAUCCCAAGCAGCAAGUCCCAAUGGAAAAAUAACCCUACAAAAAUACUGAUAGAUUUUCUAGUGGUUAGCUGCAAAAAAUCCCCCUUUUUAAAAAAAAAAAAAGAUAGAAAUAGAAUUUAUGUAGUUUUAUUUUCUUUUAAUACUCUACAACUUGUAAUAACAAAUCUCAUUUGUUCUAUUAGCCUUGUCACUGGAUUUUGUAGAAGAUCCUUCUUGCAUUCUGUAGGAUUACUUGGAGGGAAAAAAGGUCCUAUAUGAAAGUUGCUUUCUAGUCUGUUCCACAGCAUUUUCCUAUCAUGAAACUCAUAUUCCAAGUAAGUAUUAAGGCUAUAGGUCUGAUCUCUCUCCUCUUCUUUCUCCAGGCAAAAAAAAAAACUCUGAAAAAAACCCCCAAACAAUCUAGCUUUGUUUCUCUUUGUAAUGAUUUCAGUAGCACUUCUUAUGUAUUGGUUCUGUUGAGGCCAUCUUUUCUCCGCAGAGCUCCAUGAAUUCAGUACAGCUCCACAGAGCCAUGGGAAUCUCCCCUGCAGUUUUGUGCUGGAUGAAGACCUAGCACCCUUGGAAUAUGGAGUGCAUCUCUCUUUAUGGGCUUAGUCCCACAGAGCCCCAGGCACACGCUGCCAGGUCACCUACACACAGGAGGGAGACUUUCAUAGCCAGCUCCCAUCUUUCACACCCCUGCAUCCCCAGGCAGGCCUGUACCGCUCUCACCUGUGACACUGCGCUAAGCCUGUCUCCCAGGCUGUGUCCCCACAUUCGAGGAAGAACACCCCACACCCCCUUCAAGUUGUGCACAUGAAAUUAAAUGUUGCCUUCUUUAAGCUUAAGCAUUUCUGAAAAUGCAUUUGCUGAAAGGUGGUCAUUGAGUAAUUGGGAUGUGUUGUCCUUCCUCUGCUGAAAACAAGCAGCCCAAAAUGGGCAUGUUGGGCUCCCUGGGGACCUGCGGUGAGAUGGUAAAUGGCAAGCGGAACGGUAAAACUAAACAUACACUUGAUAGAAAGAAAGUGAAAUCCUAGCAAAUGGUGCAUGCACAGAAUGCAUUAUUAACAAGAGAUGCCCUCUCACAUAGUCUGGGACUUAGACAAAAGUCAUGAUGUUUCUAUAAAUCAAGUGGACACAUUUCAGAGCUAUUGUAAAAUAUGUAUUACGUGUAAUAUUCCUCAGCAUCAUUAACUCAAUUAUUCAUUGUGUCUAGAUUUGGUACCUCUGUAGAUGAGGAAGCAUAGCAAAAGGUUCUUAUAUCUAGCCAUUAUUUUAAACAGUAAGAGCCUAUGUUUGCCUUGUUUAUCCCAAUGGACCAAAACUGAUUCUUGAAAUCAAAUGGAUUAUGCCAAGGAUGAAUUUGGCAUACUGCAAAUUAUGUACCAACUGAGCAGAAUCACAGUCCUUACAAAUAUCUUAUUUCUGAGGACUUAGAGCAGCCAUUAACACUCCCAUCAUAUACUAGUAUUCAUAUCCUAAAAUCCAUACUCAUCUUCUCUUUUUUGACUUUGUGUCAGUACAUUUCAGAAUUUGCCCCUAUAUUUUUAGGAGUUGUGGUGGCUUAAUGCAUAAAAGGGAAUGAAAAUUUGUGGAGAUUUGACAUCUAUGAAAUGUUUUCUUGUUGAAAAUAGCUUUUUACUUCAGAAUUUAUAUUAUUAUACUUCAAAUAUCUGCAAAAGAGAAAAUUAAAAGCAUCAGGACCUUAUUAUGAAAUUGAUCUUAGUCUACGGUAGCCAGCAUUUUACAGAAGAUCUAUAAACUUCUGCAAGUCAUCCAGGAAGUCCCACUCUAAGCAAUUGCCAGCAUAAUGCUGGUUUUAUGCUGAUUUUUUUUAAAAGGCAUCAAGUUGCCCAAAAUACACAAGAGCAACGUGAAUGUAAUGCUGAAUCAUUUGCAUAUUCAGAAAUCAAUCUUAUUUCCCUGGGACAGCUUUAGUAGGAAACAUGUUAACGUAAUUAGGUUUGAAGGUUAAUUCUUUGUUCACACGCGUAACAGGAGAUCACAGUUCUUCGUUGUUGGGUUGUGUAAUGGCUGCGGAAUACCACCACUGCUCCGCAUCCCCGCUGCUGUGCUCAGGCAUGGGCAGCUGGGGGACAGUUUGGGCCCUCAUUUUGAGAACUGCUCACCUUGGCAUACGUGAACCUUAUUUAUACAAGGGACUGAACUUGCUUUAUUGCCACAAAUUCAAGUGAGACCUUAGACUGGAGAAUUUGGCUUCGAUCUGGAUUCAGACAUCCCACGGGUCUGUGUGAGCUCUCGCAGUGGGCAGAAAGCCACGCUCGCACACCUGCUGACACUGGGUGCUGGGUCACGUUGUAUCCUAGAAGGUGUGCCAGAUGCCUAAUUCCUGGUGCGUUUGUCAUAACAACACGUGUCUUUUCUCCUGCCAUGCAUGCCUUGUAUUUGCCUCAAAACAAUUCCUUGUCAAUUCAUUCAGAUCUAAGUGGUCUGAAAUACUGUUUCACAGAAAGGCAAGGAAGCAAACCGAUACUCAGGCUCUCCUUUCUUAGGUCUUUACUGGGCCUGUUCUCAGCUCAGCUGCGCUGGUAUAACUGAGGCACAAUUGCGUUAAGAGUCAGGAGAGUUAUAGCAGAGUAAACCCCGUUGUGAGGAAAAGGAAAAUUCAUCCACCUGCUAUUUCUUUGGGUAUUUACUGUGCUGCUAGUUAUACAGUUGAAGAAUAUGCUCCUCCUACCUGUUUGAUACCCUCUCAUUUUGCAUAAGGGCCAUGCACAGGGCUAUCACUGAAUAUCUACUAGCUUCGAUCCAGUCUUGGAAGACUCCCACUGCCAUACAACGUAACUUCUGAUACUUGCAGCUACAUAAAAUAGGAACUGGUAAAGAGCAAUGGCAUGAUCCUCUGACACGAAGCAAGCUAAGUGAGAGCUGCAGAUAAUAUACAGAAAAGCAUGAAAGAUACACACUGGUAUUUUUUUCUUUCAUCUCUGAACAUGGCAAUUAUAGAGGCAGAAAGCUGGGAGUGAUGCUGGGAGUAAUGCACAUCAAGUCCCAAGCUUGCUCAUAGGAUAGACUAAGUCCAUCUUGAAGUGUUUUUGGUUUUUUUUCUUUUUUUCAUUUACCUCGAUAAUAUGGUUUGUCUUAAAAUAGCAACUGUUACCUGUGGCAUGGAAUUUAAAUUUUAUGACAGCUGAAGGAUGUAGACUCUUUUACAAACAUUGCCUUUUGCAAAUGUUUGUGAUUUUGUUGCAUCUUUUUUUCUGAGCUAAAAAUAAUUGUAAAAGUAAAGCAUAUAUACAUACAGACAAAUGUGUAUGUACACAGCCCGAGAGAGACAGUCCCCUCACACGUUAUUGUGGGGAGGUGUCAUAGCUGUUCACAAAUGGCAACAACAUCACUCCCCCUUCCUCCUCCAAGGAGUACCUAUAAAACUUCUUGCACUCACCAGGAUGAAGCUGGCUUAUGCCACACUAUAGGGAAAACUUAUGCUUGAAACACUUCUGAAAGCUGCUUUUAAAGGUCCUUUCUUCCACAUGUUCUUCAGCCUACAAAGCCAAGUUGCUGCAGUUCCCACGUAGAGGCUGUCAUUGAAAUGUUAAACCCUGUAAAAGUAAUCCAAAUGAACUACUCUAUAUUUCAGGGUGUCAUGAAUUUAAGGCAAGAUAUUUUACAAUCAUGGCUGUUAAAUGCAACAAUUUCUGCAUAUGCAUGAGGCAUACAGCAUAGUUACAUCAACUGAAAGCCUGGACUCUCAGCUGCCUAUGAGAUAAAGCUUUCUGUCUAGUCCUAGUAGCUUUAAAAUUGUAACUUGAAGCUUCUGCAUUGCAGAAGCAAAUAUGAUUCUUAUAAAACCAGAGGUUGAGUGACCCUCUGAUGCCAGUUCAUAUGGGAGGACGGUUGCACAGCAUCAGGGAUGUACCAGCUCACCACAGAGAUCAAAGCAUUCGUAUCACUAAAUACUGAUAGGAGUGGAUGAUGACUGUACAGAGAGGCACUGUUUCUCAAAUCCACUGAUGGAUGACAUACUUUGCUUAAUCCUGAUGUCCUCAUGGUCUUUGUUUUGUGUACUCCAUAGGCUUUUGCAUUGGCGACACGCAGCAGUUUUUGGAGACACAGGGCUGGCCAUUGCUAGCUAUCGCAAGAUUUGAAACAGGUUUCCAAAUAACUAUGGCAAACAAGACUGUGAAUGAUUUGUCAGUGCAAAGUUAAUAAUCUCUAUCUCUUGCAUUUAUUGUGCGCUCAUCCCAGGAUUAUCUGAGCUUCCAUACCUGCUCUUGGACAUAAUAAACCAUUUUAUUAUUGUCUUUAUCUUUUCUUCUUUCUCCUUCUCAAGCAAGCUUUAAAAAAAAAGAAAUAUCAGUUUCCCUUGAAAAUGUAGCACCCUUAUCCUAACCCCAUUGAAGUCAAUACGGAUUUUGCCACCAGCUUCACAGACUGCAGACUUGUGCUCACUUAUGCAACAUUUUGAAGCUCACAAAGAGCAUGAUGAUUCUGCAAAGAAUGGAGGUGCUGAAAGUGAAAUAGUAGCAUUCCUCUAUAAUAUUUCAAACCACCUUCAAAUAGGACAGGAAAUAAAACACAACCAAAACCAUCUUACUUUGAGUGGUCCUACUUAAGUAUUGAGCAAACUUUAUAAUAAUGGUAAUAAAUUGGUGCUUGAGGCAGUUUCAGCUAUAUUACAUAUUCUCUCUAUAAUAUAGAUAUGGAUGUAUUCACCUUCUAUAUUGUAUAUGUAUGUGUGUGAGUAUUUACAUAUAGCACACAUACAUAUAUGUUUUAUGUAUGCAUAGAUACUAACUUUUCUAAGUUUUACUUCUUUCCCUCCCAUAGCUGAAACUGCUGGUUACUAACAUUCACAUCAUAUUCUAUGUAUGAAGGAUAUAAUUUAUUUGUAAACUCAGGAUGUUCUUGUUUUAUAGAGUUGCUUGUAUUUUAUAAUUUAUUUACACAUCAUGGUUGGAAAUGCUUAUCUAAGUGCUAUGCAUUGAAGUGUAUGUUUGCUAAAUCCAUUUCACUCUGUCCGUGGCUAUGUUCUUUCUCAUUAUAACAGUGGUAUAAAAUAGAGCUAAGGAGGAGACAAACUGAUAGAUACAGAACUUACACUGGUCCCACCAGUGGGUAAUUCCAGAAGAGGAUGUAUCAGUAGUAGAUAUAUAUAUAUUUUAUCAACUAAAUUUUAUGGGGGAAAAAAAAAAAAGAAAAAGAAAGAACAGCAUGAGGACAAGUUCAAAAUGUGGAAAGUCACAGCCAUUUCCAAGUUGGUCAACAAAUGCAUUGAGCCUUUUGCCAUUAAAAUUGUAAAGUUUAUUGUUUGCUGGCUAAAAAAUAUCCCUUUUGUGGUAUCUGAGGUGUGAAACAUUGUCAAAAAUAUGAUGUCUGGAAAAAAAAAUCAAACUAUAGUGGCAUUAAAUGUUUACUUUUAUCUUACCAAUA